UUGUUUUUAAACUAAUUCAAAUGACAGAAUUUUAAGUAUUACUUCUCUUAUUAUUAGUAUAACAUGACUAAACCAGUUUCUAACAAAAGUGGCAAAACAAACACAUCAAAAUCCGAAAAAAAAUCAAAAAAUAAUGUGAAGAAAAUACAUGAUGCAGCCAAACUAAAGGGUGCGUUAACAGAUAUUGGCUUCAGUUCGUCGUCUGUGUCAUCACCAAAAAAUGGCAACAAUAAACUUUGGUCAUUUCAUACAGAAAUUGCUGGAAUGAUGUACGCAUUUGGUGACUGUCGCAAACCUUCUCCUGAAGCAGUUACAUUGGUGGAAGAGAUUGUUCAUCAUCAGAUGAGCUGUGUGCUGGUGCAAGCUACUGAAGUGACGAACAUGAGAGGUGGUCGGUUUACAAGCAUAGAUGAUAUUUUGUUUCUCAUGAAGAACAACAAAUGCAAAUUGAGACAAGUGAUUCGAUAUUUGAGAUUAAAAGAUUUGAAAACAAAAGCAGUAAAAACAACAUCACCUGAAGAUGAGGAUGUGCUGGACGCAGUCGUGGGAGACACUAACAAAGGUGAUUCUGGAAAAAGACUCAAAUUAGCAUAUGAUUUUAUCAGCUCCAUCGACGGAACUGGGGAGUUAAUCGCACUGUUUGACGAACAAGAUGUUGUCGACGAAAUAAAACAGGCCCGACUAAAGAGAGCUGAGCGAAUGUCUCGAUGUUUAGACUCACAAGCGUAUAUGGAUUAUUCUGAAGCCAGACAGAUGAGUUUUUCUAAAAAAAUUGCAAAGUUCAAAGAUUGGCUUGGUAUUGGUACGUCUAUCGAUAUUAAAGCAAGUACAGCUGUUAUUGAAAUCAUGAGUUACCUGGCAUAUGAAACAGUUAACGAGAUAGUUGAUUUGGCGUUGCUUGUGAAAGAAGAUCAGGAGAGAACAAACGUAUUAUCCACCAUUACUCCCGUCUCUAUAAACCCACUCUCAGAGAUUGCGAAAAGUUCGACUGCAAAACAACCUAUAAUACCGAAAGGGGCGUUACCAACACCCGCCCAUUCACCACCUGGAACACCUAUUACCCCGUCUAAUACAAAUGCACAGAGCACAAGUGUAAAUCUGACGGCACCGAUACAUGGUGGUUUGGCGUCUUCAUUGGGAACGGCGUCCCUUGCUUCAUCGUUGUCUGGUCUAGUGAAACCUCAAAAGACAAAAAAGAAAAAAAUGAAGCACUCGGCAAACGUCAUAUCAGACAUGAACAGCUUGCGAAUACAAACAUCGCAUAUCAGGGAAGCCGUUCGAAGAUAUACUAUGAUACGAAAUCCCAUCACUCCAUUUGCGGGACUUUCAAGAUCAACACUGUCGAAGAAAACGCUAUGUUUAUGAUAAGCGCCUGGUAAAGAAGAUGAUGGACUCUUUUACUUCUUUUGCAUGACCAAUUGAAAGAACGCUAACUGAAAUGGUGUGCCAACUCACGAGAAUACUACAUUGGACAAGUAGAUAUGGAUUGAACACGUUGUUUAGAUGUUAUGUUUAUGAUAAGCGUCUGGUAAAGAAGUUGAUGGAAUCAUAUCCUUCUUUUUGCAUGACCAAUUUGAAAGCACGCUAACCGAAAUGUUUUCUCGACUCGCGAGAAUACCACAUUGGACGAGUAGCAAAACGAAUUAAAGACGUUUUUUAGACAAAAGCAUUACUUUCCGAAAAGAUGUAGUAAUUGCAAUGAGUUGACUCUGAAAAACUAUCCAUGUUUUGUCUUCACGAGAAAAUUACGCGUCAACCAUGUGUACAUAUUCUUAUAAUGAGAAACAAAUAAUAUUUUCGA